AUGCCUCAUGGUCAAUGCACACGAGACGGAAAGGCUCGACCUGUUUCGGAACCGGUCCAGUCCAGACCCGGACUGAACCUGCAUCACGGCCCCGUCUCCAUGGCGACACAGACCGUUCUAUCAGAGCGCGUGUCUUUGGCGGAGGACUUGCUGCAGCGAGCGGAGCGUCUGGUUGGAGCAGAAGGAAACGUAAAACUGCGAAAUAAACUACGUUCGGAACUUAAGUUUUUACAACGAAUCCAGUCGAGUCGCCACAAGGGGGCACAUGUGCACAGCUCCAACCUGACACAGCUGAGUGCGGUGGUCCAGUGUGCAGAGUCGCUAGAGUCGGUUGUGUCUUUGCUCCAAGUUUUUUCUUUUACGGACGAACAACAGCAGAAGAAGACUCUAACGGUGGACGUGGUGGGAGAUGGCGGACUGCUCUGGGUCAAAGCUGUGGGCAGGAAAGCAGAGGCUCUUCACGCUGUGUGGCAGGGGCGGGGCCAGUUUGGAGACCGCUCUUUGAUUGGUCAGGCAGAAGAGUUUCUUCUGGCCGCAUCACAGCACCCUCUUCACUACAGCCACCCACGGGUGCUGUUCGCUUUCUACAAUGGCGUCUCUGAGCCCAUGGCCAAAGAGCUGCAGCGGCUGGGCGUGGGGGUCCGGGGGGAGGUGGUGCGAGUGAGGGGGGAGGAGCCAGAGGAGGAGCCAGAAGAGGAGUCUGAGGAGGAGUCUGGGGAGGAGCCAGAGGGGGAGCCAGAGGGGGAGCCAGAGGAGGAGCAAGGGCAGAGUGACCGCAUAGUCCGAGCACAGACCCCCGAGGAGGAACCAGACUCUGACCUGGAUCAGGACUCUGAUCAGGACUCUGAUCAGGACUCGGACCAGGUCCCAGGCUCUGCACUGGACCGGUCAGUUCUGGUCACCUGUUUGGCGUUCCCCCCUGCAGCUCCGCCCCCGUCCUGCUGCCGGGCCAACCUGGACGUGUCAACGCUGCUGUCGCUCGUGUCGUCGUUGUGUCAUGGGGGGUGUAGCCUUGUGUUUCGGGAGGCGGUGCUUACGGAGCAGGCGGCCUGUGAGAGACAGGUGCCCGUGUUGCCACGGUUACAUGAGUUCAUGGCGGAAAAGGAGCUGAUAGCGUGCGUCUCUGCGGUGAAGGACUUCAAAGAGAUUCUACGUACGCUUGGCGGAGAUAAAGAGAAGCAGAGGGCGGAGUCUCUGCUGCAGCGUAUUACCGUCGUGACAGACUCUCCCUCACCGCGCUCCCUUGCCCUCAUGCCCAGCGCCGCUGUUACCACACGCUCGGUUGCUAUCUUUGGAACAGGCGACGCCCACCAUGCGGUUACCAUGACAGCCAACAGGAAGUUUGUGAGGGCAGCGGCCAAUCAGGGCGUCCACUUCAGUGACCGAACCGGGUUGACGUGCACGCGCAUCCCACUGGACCCCAGCGGGCACGCGCCCCCCGUCUCCAUGGAAACGGAGGAUCUCUACGAGGUGGAGCGCGUCCUGGACCGCCGCUCUGCUCCUGGCCAGAUGGGGCAGGUAGAGUACCUCAUUAGGUGGAGAGGGUACGGUCCAGACUCUGACACGUGGGAACCAGAGGAACAUCUCCAGAGCUGUCUCACCCACCUGGAGCUGUUCAACCGCUCUCAGCGUCACAUGGUCCUACAGAGAUCCACCCACAGACUGCUGAGCCCCGCUUCCUCCCCUAGCUCCGCCCACAGCCUCAGAGACCUGAACAGAUCUGGGAUCAAGAUCUUGGUGCCCAAGAGUCCCAUGACCCGAGUGCAUGACCUGGAGCAACGGCUGCCUGACUGUGUGCCUGCGACUGGACCUGAGACUGUGUGCAACAGGGCUGCUCUCGGACCUGGAGAAGAACGUGCUCGAAUGGGGACAAGACCCAGAACUGGACAGGUCCAGUCCCAGAUCCAUUCCCAGCCUCAGGUCCAGCCUCAGGUCCAGCCCCAGGUCCAGCCCCAGGUCCAGUCCCAGACCCAGCCCCAGACCCAGGCCCGGCUCAGUCAGAGACCAGGGACAAUGCUGGGGAGUGGGGCCAGUGCAGCAGUUGCCGCGGCAACACGUCGUCUGGAUGAACGCUUUGAUAAACGACUACGAUUCAGUGUUCGACAAACGGAGAGCGCGUACCGCUACCGCCACCUGGUGGUUAGGAAGCAGGACGGCUUCACACAUGUGGUCCUGUCCACACGCAACUCGGAGUACAACGCCCUGAACCCUGAGGUGAUGCGUGAGCUGCAGGGCGUCAUGGCGACCGCGGCUUGUGACGACUCUCGGUUGCUCCUCCUGUCGUCUGUGGGACCCGUGUUCUGCUCAGGGCUCGACUACCUGUGGUUCAUCCAUAAACUAACCGAAGACCGUAAGAGGGAGAGUGCUCGCAUGGCUGAGGCAGUGAGGUCAUUUGUGAACGCGCUGGUGCAAUUUCCAAAGCCACUUGUUGCAGCUGUGAACGGUGCAGCUGUUGGACUGGGGGCGGCCAUCUUGGCUCUGUGUGACGUAGUCUGGGCUAAUGAGAAGGCCUGGAUCCAGACGCCGUACGCCUUAUACGGUCAUACACCAGAUGGAUGCAGCUCGUACACGCUGCCACUGAUCAUGGGCCCUGCUCCUGCGGGGGAGCUAUUACUCGGAGCGCGCAGACUCACUGCUCUUGAAGCCUGCGCUAAAGGACUCGUGUCACAGGUGCUGUGGCCUCAAACCUUCAACCAGGAAGUGAUGUCACGAGUGAGAGACCUGUGUGCAGACGCCCAGGUACUGAAAGAAUCUAAGUCCCUGAUCCGGUCCUGGUCCAGGUCUGGACUAGAGCAGACCAAUGAGAGAGAGUGUGAGGCGCUGAAGAGGAUCUGGGCCACGACUGAAUGGACCGACACCAUUUUAGAAUAUUUACAGCGACCGCCCGAGUACUGA